AUGCACCGCAGUCUUACGCCCCUCAUAAUUCAGCGUGACUUCACGGUGCUGGCUGAAAACCUGCAGCGCUGUUCGGUCCAGAGCUGCGAGGAUGCCGGGCGACGCUUCUGCUUCCAGGUGGUCACGCCUACAAAGAGCUGUACGUUCCAGGCCGACUGUGAGGCAAGUAGACGGGCGUGGAUCAGCGCCAUUCAGAACCUGACUGAGAGAGAAGAAGAAACAGUCGAGAGCGAGGAGGAAUCAGACGGGUACGAGAACGAUUCAGAAUCAGAUUCCUCAAGCAAGCAGACAGACUCACAGGGAUCACGAGUGACUUCUGAAGCUCCAGAUGCUGAAGGAGAAACCACCGACGGAGGACAUCAAGAGGAGAAGACGACCAACACGAACCCGGACAGCUUUGAGAGCGGACACACUGUCGGAGAGCUGCUGGGAAAGGGAGGCUGCGGUUCCGUCUACGAAGGCGACCGUGAAGCGGAUGGGAACCAGCAGGUAGAAGUUCCAUGCGCUGUACCCGAGACAGACGACACCACAGAGGGAACGUCACGUGUGGUUGAGGACGUCUCUGAGCUGCACAAGUGCUAUGAGGUUUACAAAACCAUUGGAUCAGGUGGUUAUGCGACGGUCAAGCUCGGCAGGCACAUUCAGACUCAAGAGCCAGUGGCUAUCAAGAUCCUGGAGAAGAAAGAGCUCGGGGAUGAGUUGUCCGAUUUGAGGAUAGAGAUUGAAGCCCUGAAGAACCUCAAUCAUCAGCACGUGUGCCGCUUGUACCAAGUCAUGGAGACUGCUGACCAGAUCUACAUGGUGCUUGAGUUUUGUCCGGGUGGAGAUCUGUUCGACCACAUCGAUAAUAACGACAGGUUGUCGGAGGAGGAGACGCGCAGGAUCUUCCGUCAGAUCGUCUCGGCGCUGGCCUACGUCCACAGCCAGGGAUACGCCCACCGUGACCUUAAGCCAGAAAACAUGAUGCUGGAUGAGAAGAAUAACAUCAAGCUCAUCGACUUUGGUCUCUGUGCCAAACCAGAGGGUGGAUUGGGUACUGCUCUGAUUGAGGGCUGUGGAACCCCUCCCUACUUGGCACCAGAAAUCAUUGAUGCGCAACCCUAUCAUGGUGCAGAGGCAGAUGUUUGGAGCUUGGGUGUUGUCCUAUAUGUCAUGCUGUGUGGCUACCUCCCGUUCGAUGAGACUGAAAUUCCCAUAAUGCUGAGUUCCUCUAGAAUAGGAGUGUAUGUGGAUUAUGAAGCAGGAACUCUGUCCUUCUACAGCAUCUCUGAUACAAUGAAGCUCCUCCACAGAGUUCAGACCACGUUCACUGAGCCCCUCUACCCGGGGUUUGGUCUUUAUUAUGGAUCAGUGAAACUGUCAGAUUUAACAAAUUAAAUUUAAAAUUUACAUGAAAGUGUAACAUUAAACUGUUUGGGUGAUUUUAGAAUCUGUUAGGCAGUGAUACAUUUAUGAAGAUUUUCUUUUUCAAUUUAUUAACCACCAUUUAAUCAGUGCUGUGAAAAAGUAUUU